AUGGGAAACACAAGCAGUUCACAGAAGAUUUCAUCUCAGGAUCGAGCGAUCCUCGAUCUCAAGAACCAGCGCGAUAAGCUAAAGCAGUAUCGGAAACGUAUUACGGUCUUAACUGACCGCGAAACCGAAAUCGCAAAGGAAUGUCUGGCGCAGAAUGAUCGACGACGAGCGCUGCUUGCGCUACGACGCAAGAAAUACCAGGAGUCUCUUUUGGAUAAGACCGAUGGCCAACUCGCACAGCUGGAGCAACUAGCAAGUCAGGUGGAAUUUGCACUGGUGCAGAAGGACGUGCUCUUUGGCUUGCAGCAGGGUACCGAGGUGCUCAAGGCUAUCAACAAAGAGAUGGGUGGGAUUGAGGGCGUGGAACGAUUGAUGGGAGAGACAGAGGAAGCACGCGCUUAUCAAGAGGUAUGGAAAGCUACUACUUUCUCUACUAUGAUGCCUCUGGAAUCAACUGACGGGACUCGAUUACAGGAAAUCAGUCAGAUGCUCGAAGGCAACCUGUCCAACCAAGACGAGGACGAUGUGGAAGAGGAACUGGAGGCUUUACAGCGCGAGGUCGCAGGUCCACAAGCUGCACCGAAUUUACCAAAUGCCCCAACCAACGCUUUACCUACACCGGAAGAGGUCGAGACCCCGGAGGAGCCAAGAAGGGCAAAAACAAAGACAAGAACAGCUGCACUAGCUGCGUAG